UUAACAAAGAGGUGAGUUCUCUCUAUACGAACCUUGAUCUUCUCAAAGAAACUCUAAAAUGGUUAAUGCCAUCAAAGGAGUGUUCAUCACCUGCGAUAUUCCAAUGGCACAGUUCAUAGUGAACAUGAACAACUCGAUGCCUUCCUCUCAGAAGUUCAUUAUUCAUGUGCUCGAUAGUACUCACAUGUUUGUCCAGCCUCAUGUUGAGCAGAUGAUUCGCAGCGCCGUUGCUGAGUUCAGAGAUCAAAACUCCUACGAGAAGCCUACUUAAGACCAGACCCACACACACCCUCCUCCAUCAAACAAGAUUAGGUUACUCAUAUAGUGCUGCCUGCUAAUGGAGGAGACUCAUGUCAGAUAAUCAGUCUAUUUUAUGUUUUGAUAUAGUUUGAGACUCAUGUUGAUGCUGUUGGAAACUCAUUGUUAUCAAAGGGAAAAGAUGAUUUUGAGACUGUUACUCUGUCUUUUUUUUUUCUGAAGCAAUCGGUUUUCUCAAACCAAAUCAGGUUACAUCAGUUGUUCUCCAAUUAUUUCGAUUAGUUUGAGAAUUGGGACUGAAAUAGUCAAAUGUAUUGUUAGUGUUAUCUGAUC